AUGGCGUUGGCCGUGGACUUAACGUGGGUGCCACGGGAACGUCGUGACCGCGGGUCCGUUACUGUCACGGGUCCGAGUGCUGGCCCUGGCAACGGGUCCGUUACAGUCACGGGUACGGGUACUGGUCCAGGCAACGUGUCCGUUACAGUCACGGCCUCACACAGCACCCCAGCCUCCCACAGCACCCCAGCCUCCCACAGCACCCCAGCCUCCCACAACACCCCAGCCUCCCACAACACCCCAGCCUCCCACAACACCCCAGCCUCCCACAACACCCCAGCCUCCCACAACACCCCAGCCUCCCACAACACCCCAGCCUCCCACAACACCCCAGCCUCCCACAACACCCCAGCCUCCCACAACACCCCAGCCUCCCACAACACCCCAGCCUCCCACAACACCCCAGCCUCCCACAACACCCCAGCCUCCCACAACACCCCAGCCUCCCACAACACCCCAGCCUCCCACAACACCCCAGCCUCCCACAACACCCCAGCCUCCCACAACACCCCAGCCUCCCACAACACCCCAGCCUCCCACAACACCCCAGCNGGAGAGGAGACAAGGCUGGGACAGGUGGUGCAGGGAGAGGAGACAAGGCUGGGACAGAUGGUGCAGGGAGAGGAGACAAGGCUGGGACAGGUGGUGCAGGGAGAGGAGACAAGGCUGGGACAGGUGGUGCAGGGAGAGGAGACAAGGCUGGGACAGGUGGUGCAGGGAGAGGAGACAGGGCUGGGACAGGUGGUGCAGGGAGAGGAGACAAGGCUGGGACAGGUGGUGCAGGGAGAGGAGACAGGGCUGGGACAGGUGGUGCAGGAAGGGCCACAAGAAAGGCUGGGCAGGAAGCAGAACAGAUUCAGCAUCUCGCUUUCUCGGCACAACCAAAACAGCAACGGCGACAACAACAACAACAACAACAACUCUUUUCAAUUUUGUUAA